AUGUUUCAACGCAAAUCAGAAGUGGGAGAAGAGUAAGGAGAAACAGUCAUAGCACUUUACUCUUAAUAAACUAAUAUGAGUUACAUUCCUCCUGUUUAUUUAAAAAAUGGUCCUAACUAAAAUAGAUCAUGUACUAAUCUCUGCUGCUGCUUAUUAUUUUUACUGUCUAUUGGAGCUUUGGGAUAUUUUUAUUUCCUGACUUACAGCAGUCAACAUAUCGAGAGACUCUACACUCCUGUGGAUUCUGAGGGAAGAGAAUGUGGAUAAGGAAAUUUGAAUAAGUUUCCGUUGAUUUAUUUCGUAACUCCAGAAGAGAAAUAUCUUUAUAGAACAGUUUGUGUUGAAAAAUGUCCUAAAAAAGAAGAUAAACUAUUGUUAUGCGCUCCGAAUAAAUUAAUCAAUGACUGUCACAAUAAUCCAAGUCCAUCGGAUCCAGAGAAGCGAGUCUUGGUCUAUGAAUCUGAUUCCUACUCAGGCAACAUCUGUUUACCAACCGACGAUAAUUUAAAAAAUGCAGUGCAACCAGCAAUUUUAGUUGGCGAAAUUCAAUAAGCCCUGAUAAACACAAGAGCGAAUUUGCCAAUUAUUGCCCUAAGUGGAGGAGCUGCCUUUUUGUUGGCCUUCUUCUUCACCAUAAUGAUCGGAUUGUGCACUACCCUCAUAGUUUACGUCUUCAUAUUAGUCUAUAUCUCUUUGACUGGUUUUCUUAGUACAUACUUCUUGCUAUAUUUCUUGAGAUCUCCAUUAGAUUUAUUUCCUUAUUUCGACAAAUCGACUUAUGCAUGGAGUCCAUAUAUGUUAGCAGCAUCAAUAACAUUUGCAGUGCUAUGCGUAUAUGCAAUAUUCACAUUGUGUUGGAACUUAAGGAAGAUGAAGUUCAUGAUAUCUCUUGUAAAAUUGGCAACCACAUUCUUGUACUAAAACAAAACAAUCAUCAUUGUGCCUAUAGUGUUCUUCUUCUUAGUAAUGUCUACUCUAUUGGUAUGGAUAGCAAGUGCAUUGGCAGUACUUUCCGAACAAUAAAUGGAUUACUCAUUAGAUUCAUAAAUUUAUCCGUUUGAAAAGAUUCAACUCAAAUUUGAUACUUUAAUUAAAUUGAUGAUUACUGUACUAGCUUUAAUUUGGUUAAUGCAAUAUAUCCUAUCCUUGGCCAGAUUCCUAAAUGCUUCAACGGCCACACUCUGGUACUUCCAUGCAUCUUCCAACAAAGGGUUUUUAUAUGAUAGUUUCAAAUUGGCUGUGCGAUACCAUAAUGGAAGUAUCACAGCCGAAGCAAUUUACAGUUUCUUUUUCAGUGGCAUAGCAAAAGCAUUCAAUUUGAUAUAUGAUUCACUUAACCGAUGCAGAUUGAAGAGACACAAUUUUAUUUUGAAUUGUUUUGCAUCGAUUUCUUUGUGUUUAUGCUGUGUUUGUGAGAAUUUCAUUAUGUACAUCAACAAUUAUGCUUUUGUGUACAUCGUGAUGACAUCAGCAGAUUACUUUGAAUCAAGCAAAGCUGUUCAUUUUGUAAUCAAAAGAAACCACUCAGAUUUUGAAACUCUUUCAGGAUUGGGAGAGCAAUUCACUCAUUUCAGCAAAAUGUUCAUAUUUCUAAUAACCACAAUUGGAACAUUCAUUUAUGUCAAGGAGUAGACCGAUUUUGUACUUCAAUUGUACACUUUUGCAAUUAUUGCAUUUAUUACAUUGUCAAUAGCCACUCUAUUUAUGGAUAUGUUUGGACAGAGUGCAGAUGCCUUACUGCUUGCCUACUUUACUGAUUGUGAAGUGUAGAAGUAUCAUUUCGGACUUGAUGAGUGCGGCUCUUGUCCUCAAGAAAUAAGGGAUCAAGUUUAAAACAUAAGGGAAAAAUAAAAGAUUUACUAUGGUUGAAUAGAUAUAAUUUAGAAUCUAAUUUUAAUUAAUAUAUCAAAUAUCAUGUAUCA